AUGGACACCUGGCGAGAGGCCUCCGCGCCCGCCCCGGCGCCCGCCCCGGCGCCCGCGCCGGCGCCGCUUCGGCUCCCGUCGGCGGCGUCUCCGCCGGGCGCGCAGAAGGUGGCGAAGGCGAGCGAGAGCGACGUGCGAGCCUGGUUGGGGUCGCCGACCCACGGUGGGGAGUCGCCGCGGUGCCUGCUGCCUUCUUCGCGCUCUGCCAACCCCGAGAGCGACGCUCCAUCCUUCUCCUCGCUGUCGCCGUUCUCAACGCCUGCCGCGCCCGACAGCCACAGCGCGCCUUCUUCAGAGAGCGGCGCCGAUGCCGACGCCGACGCCGACGCCGACGGUGCACGCGCGAGGCCCUCUGAAGGCGAGCAGCGGGGAGACGGGGAGCCGCGCGGGCGCAGUGACCGCAACGGAGGCGCGGGGGAGGAGGAUGGAGGUGAAGGCAGGACGCUGGGUCAAGCGAGAGCGAGCAGAGAGUACCCAGCGCAGGAGGUCUGUGGUGUCGGCGCGCGGCCGCAGGCGCAGGCCGGGCGGCGCGGCGGCACCGGUGCCGCCGCUGCGGCCUCCUUCUUCGUGAACCACGAGUCUGCCUCCUCUUCGUGCUCGCAGCCGGCGAAGGGCUCUGAAACGCUUCCGCCGGAGAGCGUGAGCCGGCGCACGUCGCUGUCUCGCUGGGAUGAGUCGUCGCUUUCUGGGGCGUCGCUGGCCUGCGCGCCCGACGCCGCGCAGCAGGCGCUGGACUUUACCUACGCGCGCGCCGCGGGGUCGCAUCAUCGCCCGCGCGGGCUGCCUUCUUCGGCCUCGCACGGGCUCAGCGCCUCCGCUCGCUCCUCGUCGUUGUCAUUCCUCCAACACCCUGCGGGCACACUCAGUUCGCCCGCUUCGCCGGGGUACGCCUCGCUGCCUUCCUGGCCGCAGGCCGCCUGCUUGCAGGCUUCUGCUGCCGCGGCGCCGCAUGCGCAGACGACCGCGGCGCUCUCGCGCUGGUCCACUCACUCGUUUCCGCAGCAGGCAGCGACGGCUGCGCCCGCGCCUGUCUCGGCUGCAGUCCCCGACGCGGCGGGCGACGCCGCCCGCCAGCGGGCCUACGCCUACUUUUUCGCGGAAAAAAAGGGCGAGGAAGGCUCGCCGCGGGCGGCGGCGCGAGGCCUUUCCUCGAGACUCCCCACUCGGCCGAGCGGCAGCGCCUCCUUCGCCCCGCCGCUCUCUGCCGCUCGCCCGACUCGCGAGCGCGCACAGGUCGCAGCAGCAGCGGCAGCAGCAGCGGCAGCAGCAGCGGCAGCAGCACCGGCAGCGGCGGCCGAAGACCUCCGCGAACGCGCGAAAGACGCCGAGCCUCGCCGGCAGCUCUCCAACGUCUCGCACGUCUCCUCGGCGCUCGCGGCAGGCGGCGCCACCGUCAAGCAACGCACCGUUCGAAAAGUAACGAGCAGCGGCAGCGUCCUGCCUGCAGACGGCGCCGAUGUCGAGGUUGCUCAGGCGUCUCAGUAUGGAGACCUCCAGGUCCUCGUGGACAUCGACGACACGCUGCGCUCCAGCGGCGGCGUGACGUUCCUCUCGGUUUCCCUCGGCGGCAUCGACACGCAGUACGAGCGCGGCUCCUUCUAUCCGGGCUGUUUCCAGUUUCUGCUUGAGCUCUCUAUUUACGGCCUCCGCAAAGAUCAGAAGCCGCUCUCGCUCGGUGUCCUCACUGCGCGCAUUCCCCAGGUGCCAAUCACGGCGGACAGCAUGUUGAAUCAGAAGCUGCGCGAGACUGCGCAGAGGCGAGGCAUCCGCGGCUGGGGCAUCGACUGCAAAAAUAAAGUCCUCUACUCGACCUUGAAUGAGUGGAUUUUUCCGAGCGAAAAAGGGAAGCGGAAAUUCGAAAAUCUCAUGCUGCUGCACUCCAAGCUCUCCGCCUCGCACCCCAACAUCAGAUACGUCUGGAUUGGAGACACAGGCGAGAUGGAUCGACACGCAGGCGAGAUGAUGGCUCGCGAGAUGCCUCACGCCGUGAAGGCGAUUUUCCUUCAUUUUGUCGGCGACUACGGAAGAAACUCGAAAAUGCCGCGCGACUACUUCGUGAACGGCGUGCCCAUUGUCUUCUUCAGGACUUAUAUCCGCGCAGCACGGCGCGCCGUCGACCUCGGUCUCCUCGACAAGCGCGGCCUCGCGCGCACGAUGGUGCAGGCGGUCGCUGACCUCGACGCGAUGCACAACACGCCGUCGGUGUCGACGAAGUGGCGAGACAUCAUUUUCGAUGUUCGGGACGCAGAGGCCCUCGUUCCGCUGAAGGGCGCGACGCUUCCGCCCCUAGUGCGCACGCGGGAAGUGCUCCAUCGCCGCAUCACGGAGAUCAAAGGGGCGCUGGAGCGUUUCCGGGCGAAACGCGGCGGAUCUUCCUCCUCACUGAAGUCCCAGCAGUCAAUCGGGGACGCGAAGGCGCUGCCUGCGGCCGUUGAGCCUGCGCGCGGGCACGAGGGUCGCGGCGCGAGUCACGAGAAGGCCCCGCUCGUGCCUGCGAAGGCCCUGAGUCUCCACGACGCCCGACGCAGCAGCGGCGAGCGUCUACCGGCGGCGCUUGUGGAGCGCGCGGCGGAGCACCAGCGAGAGGACGAACAAAGACGCAGAGAUCGCGCGAGAAGCGGCCAGCACCCGGACGCAGGAGAUCAAGAGAGCUUCGACGUGCUCGCGCCCGCCUCAGCCAGCCAGCCGUCCUCGAUCGACCCGCAAGCGGGCUCCGGAGAGACUGCGGAAGAACUCUGGCGGCUCCAAGAACAGGCUUCUUCGGCCUCGGAGUCGUCGGGCGCGCCGGAGGAGAGCUCAUGGGUCGAGGUUCGCUUUGACCGCGCGACUGGCUGUUUUCCAGUGCUGGACGCGCGCGGGGGCGCCGGCGGGCGCGAAGGCAGCUGGCGCCCGAGCCGCGCGGAUAAACAUGCCCCUGACGGCGGCACGGAGCGGCCGUUCUACCAGACGCUGCUGACGCAUCCUUCCUCGCAGAGCUCCAGCGAGUUCGCCGUCGUCGCAGAGCCCGAGGCGGCCGACGCCCGCGCAGGAGGCGAGCUGGAGGCUGCCGAGGGGGCGGGGAGAGAUCGCGCCGGCAGGGAGAGAAGAAGCCGACCCACGCGAGACGAGAACGAGGAUCUGCUAUGGGAGCGCGUCGCGCCACACGAGGCGGCGGAAGGACGCAGGCGCAGCGAGAGGCGAGACGCGGAGGCGCGCCGGGAGAAAGAAGAUAUCGAGUUGCUUGACCUCGCGCCCAGGCGCAAAGAGAGCGGACAGGCCAGCGAGGGCGCGAAGAAAAAGACCGGGCGGGAAGUCCUGCCGCCGUGCGCGAACAAACAUGAGCGCGGAGAUCCGGCAUGGAGCCCUGACCGCGUGCGGCCGUCUUCGCCUCUGCUCUGUGGGCUCUCAACUCCGCUUGCGCCGGAAACCAGUGCGCCUUCGUCGCCCUCCGCCUUCGCCUCUCUCGCGUCGUCUUCUUCAGUCGCCUCGUCCGCGUUCGCUGCGCCUGCAGACGCGCCUCUCUUUCUCGACGAACCGCAGGAGCUGCCGGCGCGGUGGCUGAGCCGCGAAGGCGAGGAGGGUGGGGCGACCGGAGAAAAAGAUCGACGCGGCGCUUCAGGGCACCGCGAAAGAGCUGACAAAGACGCACAUCAACGGCCAGCAGAGAGCCGCCACAGCUCACAUCGCAAAAAACGCGCGCCCCUGGACCUGCUGUGA